CUCAUCAGAAAAUUUCUGUGUCCGUCAAAAUUCUAUUUUUUUUUUCUCACUGUUCGACGCACGACCCUUUCCGAUUGAAUCUCGUCACUCUAUUUUUGUUUCGAUUAAGCUGAGUGGAGUGAUUGCAUUGGAUCCGUUUGAUUCGUUUUCGAGUUGGCUUGAGGACUGCUAUCAAUUCUCGAUAUAUAAGGUCAACUUUCGGAGUAGACAGCUUUAAAGAAAUUGGGGAAACAGUAUGUCUGUUUCAUCGAGAGAUUUGGAUCCAGCUUUCCAAGGAGCUGGACAGAAGGCUGGCAUUGAGAUAUGGAGAAUCGAAAAUUUUCAUCCUGUUCGAGUCCCAAAUUCUUCACAUGGAAAAUUCUUCACCGGGGAUUCUUAUGUGAUUCUGAAGACAACUGCACUGAAGAGUGGUGCCCUCCGUCACGAUCUUCAUUAUUGGCUAGGUAAAGAUACCAGUCAGGACGAAGCUGGCACUGCAGCCAUCAAGACAGUUGAACUAGAUGCGGCACUUGGCGGGCGUGCUGUUCAGUAUCGUGAAUUACAAGGCCAUGAAACAGAGAAGUUCCUCUCGUAUUUUAAACCAUGUAUAAUACCUCAAGAAGGAGGAGUUGCCUCAGGCUUCAAGCAUGCUGAGGCUGAAAAACAUCAGACCCGUUUGUUUGUUUGUAAAGGAAAGCACGUCGUUCAUGUGAAAGAGGUGCCUUUUGCUCGAUCCACUCUAAAUCACGAUGACAUAUUUAUUCUCGAUACAGAGUCUAAGAUUUUUCAAUUCAAUGGUUCCAACUCAUGUAUUCAAGAGAGAGCUAAAGCUCUUGAAGUUGUUCAGUAUGUUAAAGAUACGUAUCAUGACGGAAAAUGUGAAAUAGCAUCUAUUGGUAAUUAUGCUACUACUUGCACGUUCUUGUAUGUUAAUUACCGAGGCAUAUUUGCAUUACAGCUGCCGUUUCUUUUGACUGCAGAAGAUGGAAAACUAAUGGCCGAUUCUGAGGCUGGAGAAUUUUGGGGCUUCUUUGGUGGCUUUGCUCCGCUCCCAAGGAAAGCAAACACUGAUGAACCGAAGAGCAAUGGUGUUAUCUCUUCUACGCUUUUCUGUGUUGAGAAGGGAGAGGCAGUACCAGUCGAGGCAGAUUCUAUGACAAAAGAUUUAUUAGACACAAAUAAAUGUUAUAUCCUUGAUUGUGGGGUGGAAGUCUUUGUUUGGACUGGGAGAAAUACUCCUCUUGAGGAAAGGAAAGCUGCAAGCAGCACUGUUGAUGAAUUAUUGCGUAGCCUUGAUAGACCUAAUUGUCAUAUUAUCCGUGUAAUUGAGGGGUUUGAAACGGUGAUGUUCCGCUCGAAAUUUGAUUCUUGGCCCCAAUCGACCAAUGCAGCUGCGUCUCAGGAUGGUCGAGGAAAGGUCGCAGCACUUCUAAAGCGCCAAGGUGUUAAUGUGAAGGGUCUUGUGAAAACAGAAUCUCCCAAAGAAGAGCCUCAACCAUACAUAGACUGCACAGGCGAUUUACAGGUUUGGCGUGUGAAUGGUCAAGAGAAGAUUCUUCUGGAAGCUUCUGACCAGUCAAAGUUUUACAGUGGAGAUUGUUAUAUCUUUCAAUACUCUUAUCCCGGGGAAGAAAAAGAAGAAUAUCUCAUAGGAACAUGGUUUGGAAAGCAAAGUGUUGAGGAGGAUAGGGUUGUAGCAGCUUCCCAGGCUAGCAAGAUGGUUGAGGCAAUGAAGUUCUUACCCACUCAGGCUCGGAUUUACGAAGGCAAUGAACCAAUCCAGUUCUUCGCCAUUUUUCAGAGCUUCAUCGUACUUAAGGGAGGUCUUAGUGAGGGAUAUAAGAAUUACAUAGCUGAAAAGGAACUUUCAGACGAUACAUAUUCCGCGGAGGGACUUGCAUUAUUUCGAGUUCAAGGAAGUGGACCGGAGAAUAUGCAAGCGAUUCAAGUUGAACCUGUGGCCUCAUCGUUGAAUUCAUCGUACUGUUACAUACUACACAGUGGGUCCUCUGUGUUUACCUGGUUAGGAAAUCUUACAACACCUGAAGACCAGGAGCUCGUAGAAAGGCAGCUGGAUAUUAUAAAGCCAGAAAUGCAGUCUAAAUUUCAAAAAGAAGGAUCAGAAACCGAGCAGUUUUGGGAAUUGUUAGGUGGAAAAACUGAGUACCUAAACCAGAAAAUCGAAAGAGAGGCUGAAAGUGAUCCUCAUCUAUUCUCGUGCACUCUAUCCAAGGGAGAUCUAAAGGUCACAGAGGUAUACAAUUUCAACCAGGAUGAUCUAAUGACUGAGGAUAUAUUCAUUGUUGAUUGCCACUCAGACAUUUAUGUCUGGGUCGGGCAACAGGUUGAGUCGAAGAAUAAGAUGAAUGCGUUGAGUUUGGGGGAGAAAUUUCUGGAACGUGAUUUUCUUCUCGAGAAAUUGUCCAUGCAAGCUCCAAUAUAUGUUGUUAUGGAAGGGAGUGAACCGUCGUUUUUCACUCGUUUUUUCACUUGGGACUCCAAAAAAUCGGCAAUGCAUGGUAACUCUUUCCAAAGAAAGCUUGCUAUUCUUAAACACGGAGGCACUCCAGUGUUGGAUAGACCAAGAAGAAGAAUACCCGUUUUUGGCGGAAGAUCAGCCGCACCGGAAAAAGCACAGCGUUCAAGAAGUGUGUCUUCGUUUAGCACCCCGGAUCGAGUUCGUGUAAGAGGAAGAUCCCCUGCUUUCAAUGCUAUAGCUUCCACAUUCGAAAGUCCCAAUUUGAGGAAUUUGUCAACUCCUCCUCCAAUGGUGAGAAAGCUCUACCCUAAAUCAGUCACCCCAGAUUCCGAUUCGUCUAAUAGCCAGGCCUCGAGAUCGGCAGCUAUAGCUGCAUUAACAUCAAAGUUUCAACAACCAUCUGCUGGACAGUUCAUUAUCCCUCGUUCUCUUAGAGUGAGCCCCGAGUUACCAAAACCAAGAUCCGAGGCGAUUUCUAAAGAAAACUCGGGAGAACAACUGAAACCGAAGCCAGACACUAUACAUGAAGAUGUAACUGAAGGUGAAGUCGAGGAUGAAGAGGGGCUUCCAAUUCACCCAUACGAUCGUCUUACGACUUCAUCAACUGAUCCCGUUGAAGAUAUUGAUGUGACUAAACGAGAGACUUAUUUGUCUGCAGAAGAAUUCAAGGAUAAAUUCGAGAUGACUAAGAACGCUUUCUACAAAUUGCCUAAAUGGAAACAGAACAAAAUGAAGAUGGCACUCCAACUCUUCUGACUCAUCACAUAGCAUGCUCGGAAAUUUAUACGUUUUUUUUUCUUUCUAAAUACAUAUAUUCGCCAAAUCUAAUCACUUCAUUUCAGAAACAGUCUAUAGACACCUUCAUUUAUACAGCAACGGCAAAGCGGUGGAUUUUUAGCUGCAGUCUGAUCCCAGGAAGCUUUUGAUGCAUCGGGAUUUUUUUCAUUUUUUUAUUUUUUAUUUUUUAUAGUGAGUUAGUUUCUUGAUAUUCUUUUCGGUCCCAAUUUUGCUGUUAGCUUGCAUUUUUGUUUACGUAUAUUCAAUUAUACUUGCUUUUGGGUUUCGUUUAGCAGAGUGAUAGGAAGUUGUGCACAAAUGCAGGGCUUUUUAGUGUAAGGACUGAAAAAUGUGUACAUGAAUGUUAAAAACCCAAGUGCAGUCAUUAUUUGAUUAUUAGCAAA